AUGUCAUCCGUGACCAGGCAGCUUCAAAAGGCUGCGCGUAUCAUCCUCAUCGGUGCCCCUGGUGUAGGAAAAGGAACGCAGAAAGAAAGACUCCUCACCCGAUUUCCACAAUUAGCAUCGAUAAGCUCGGGGGAUUUAUUGCGGGAAAAUGUUCGCAGGAAGACUCCAUUAGGCAUUGAAGCAGAGGCUGCAAUGCAGUCAGGCAACCUGGUUCCCGAUUCGAUGAUUCUCGAUCUUAUAUCUUCCGAAUUCAAAACAAAGGGCUGGUUCCCAUCAUCACUGUCCAAUAAAGCCGCCUCCUCUCAAGCCCCCUCGAUAUCUUCCUCCGCAUCUUUCAUCCUCGACGGUUUCCCUCGUACCGCUACUCAAGCAGCAAGCUUGGAUACGCUCGUCCCAGUAAACUUCGUUAUCUAUCUAAUUACGCCACCAUCUGUCAUUCUAUCUCGAAUUGGGUCGCGCUGGGUACAUGAAGCCUCGGGGAGGGUAUACAACACAAGCUUCAAUGCCCCCAAAGUUUCCGGCAAGGAUGAUAUCACCGGCGAGCCUUUGGUGCAAAGACAGGAUGAUUCGGUAGAUACAUGGAAGCAGCGACUCAACAAGUUUGAGGAAACCAGCAAGGCGCUCCUUGAGCAUUAUGAGCGCAAGGGCUGUCUCUGGCGUGUUGAGGGUAACACCAGUGAUGAAAUUACCCCACAGAUUUACGCCGAGAUCGAGCGCAAAUUUUGCUAG